GGACGAUUGGAUCUACGAAGGUGGAAAGCAGCGCAGUCGACAAUCUGCUCCUGAACGGAGAUGCUCGUUCGUCUCCUUCCCAUGGAUCGUUCGUGUCUCCGAUAGGAAAGACCUCGAAAAACGGCUAAGGAGUACGAAGAAACAUUCGUUCGUGAGAUAAAAAAUAAUAAAAGUAAAAGAGGAGCAAUUUUUUUCAAGACACACCAAACUGAAUGACCAUGUGUUUCUUACGAUCGAAUUUUCUUUGAUAGAAGAUUAAUCGAGAAUAGAAGAAAGACGAGAUUUAUAGUUAAGAAUGCGGUGAUCGAAAUCGUUGAAAAAAACGGAGAAGCCCUAAGGGGCUUCUUAAAGGAUUUCCGAAGACUUAAAGCCCGGGCCGAACCAAGUUGGUCCCGGUGCGAAAAUGUUGGUGCCGGCUGAGAUGCUGGCUGCUCAGUCGAAGAUGGUGUACCAAAUCAACAAGUACUUCGGGGAACGCGUGAUGGGUAGAAAGAGUCAAGUGGCAAAGACGAUUCAGGAAGUUUGCAGGGUUGUGCAGGAUGUACUGAAGGAAGUCGAGGUACAAGAACCUCGUUUCAUCUCUUCUUUGACGGAUUACAACGGUCGAUUCGAUGGUCUCGAUGUGAUUUCACCUACUGAGUUUGAGAUCGUUAUUUAUCUUAAUCAAAUGGGUGUUUUAAACUUCGUCGAUGACGGUACGUUACCUGGGUGCGCAGUGUUGAAACUUAGCGACGGUAGAAAAAGAUCGAUGUCUCUUUGGGUAGAAUUUAUAACGGCUAGCGGAUAUCUGUCUGCAAGAAAAAUUCGAUCGAGAUUUCAAACAUUGGUUGCUCAGGCUUGCGACAAGUGCGCGUAUAGAGACUCGGUCAAAAUGAUAGCAGACACGACGGAAGUGAAAUUACGGAUACGCGAGAGAUACAUCGUACAAAUUACGCCUGCGUUUAAAUGCGCCGGACUAUGGCCAAGAUCAGCCUCUCAUUGGCCACUCACACAAAUACCUUGGCCACAUCCGAAUAUCGUUGCAGAAGUAAAGGCUGAGGGUUUCGAUAUGCUCUCGAAAGAAUGUAUCGGACUUCAAGGAAAACAGUCAGCCAUGGAGGGCGACGCCUGGGCGUUGUCCUUCAUCGAUGCCGAAAAUCGACUUCUUCAAGGUGCUAGUAGAAAACGUUGUCUGAGUAUUCUCAAGACACUUAGGGAUCGACACCUUGAUUUGCCAGGCAAUCCUGUCACCAGUUAUCACAUGAAAACAUUGUUACUUUACGAAUGCGAGAAACAUCCUCAUGAGGCCGAAUGGGAUGAGGCUUGUCUAGGCGAUCGAAUCAAUGGCAUUUUCUUACAACUUAUUUCCUGUCUCCAAUGUCGAAGAUGUCCUCAUUAUUUCCUACCUAACCUUGAUCUAUUCAAAGGGAAAUCACCGAGUGGCUUGGAGAACGCAGCUAAACAAGUCUGGAGACUUACAAGAGAAUUAUUAACGAAUAGUCGGGCUUUGGAGAAACUCUAGUUAAACGAAAAAAAUAUUUUGAUCGUAAAUAUUAAAAAACGUUUCGAACGAUCGAUCGAUUUCUAGAAUCAACAUUGAAAUUUAGUUUAUCAUUCGCAAGCGUUCACCUUUCGGAGAUAUCAACGGCAUAUAAAAACAUAAUAAGUGAUUUUUGUGAUCGUGCGACGAACGGCCACGCGUACGAGUUAGUGCCAUAAUUAACAUCUAUGUUGACGUUUUAUUUUUCAGAAAAUUAAUUCGUUUCUUUACUUUCGACGUACUUAUUUCUUAUGCGUGAAGAAGUUGCCGUCGCUAAAGAUGAAUCGCGUUUUUCGUCUUUCUUUUUCAAAUAAAUCGCCGAUGUUGAUCCUCCACAGUUGGUCGAAUGGCGAUUUCUUCAUAAAAUGAAUUUAAUAAAAUAGUGAAAAUAUGUGUAACUAUUGAAAAAAAAGAAAAACAAAAAAUAAGUAAGAAUUUUCAUGUUGUCCAAAUAUUACAUGACGAAGAGUUAAUCGUUUCUUAUCGACUGUUUUGUUUCCCGCCGUUAUGUAAAUAAUAUUUGAAAGAUAUUUAUUGAACUGUGUAACGAAAUGUAAAAUACAGUACCUAUUUAUACGAAAA